AUGCUGUGUCCUCCCUUCUGCUGUGGAGGUGCAGAGCUCCACUCUGAGCUCUUUAACCUCUCUGCUCUGUGUUGUUUCCUCUCUGCAGGACAGAGAAUCAACAUCAAAGCUGAAGCUGGACAGAACGUCACUCUGCCAUGUGGAGCUGGAAAGGAGAAAAUCCGAAUUUCAUUACUGGAGUGGACCAGACCUGGUCUAGAAAAGAAGGAAAAAAUUCGUGUUUUCACAUCCAGAAAUGGUCACCCUGAUCCAGACCUCCAGCAUCCAUCCUUCAGGAACCGGGUGUAUCUGCAGGACGGACAGAUGAAGGAUGGAGACGCGUCUCUGAAUCUGAACGACUUGAAGAUAAAUGAUACAGCAACAUAUGAGUGUAGAGUCAUUCAGAGAGAAGAAAAGACGGGGGAGAGAUCUGUUCAUCAAACCUCCAUCCAUCUGGAAGUUUCUCUUCCUCGUCCAGGGACCGAGGAGAGAGGAGGCAAGGAGGGAGGAGGCAAGGAGGGAGGAGGCAAGGAGGGAGGAGGCAAGGAGAGAGAAGGCAAGGAGGGAGGAGGCAAGGAGGGAGGAGGCAAGGAGAGAGGAGGAUUUCUGGGUCUGACCCUCGGCCUCCUAGUUUUGGUCCUCUUUGUUGUUGUUGUUGUUGUUGCUGUGAUCUAUAAAGAAAAACCGUCCUGGUUUAAGUUGUGUUCCUGUCAGCCUCCAGCAGAACCAAAACCAGAUGAGACUGAAAUCUCAACAUCUGGGACUCAGACAGCCGCCAGCAGCCCUGAAAUCCAGCUCAUCCUGAAUGAGACCUUCAGGUCUGAGAAGUCGAAUCAAGGAGGGAGGAGGCAAGGACACAAGGAUGGAGGACCUGCAGGUCGGGGACUUCCUGGUCUGGUUCUGGGUCUGGCUCCAAGAAGGGAGGAGGAUCUCUGGGUCUGA